GAUCCUAUUUAAAAGUUUUAGUCGUUUAUUUUUCAAUUAGAGAGAAACAAUAUGACCCUGUUUGAAACAUUCCAAAUGCCCCUCCGUCAACAAUUGUAUGUAUAUGAUCGUAAAUACAUGUGCACUUGUUAGGACCUUUAAUUUCCGCAUGAUGACAACCGUAAUCAAUCUCACGGGGUUUAUUAUUCUGACAUGCGCAGGCGCUUCAUGUAUUGUUGAUGCGUCAUUGCCUGCCUUUAUACGGUGCUCUCACUUUGACCUUAGUUCUAAAGAGACACCGCACAUAGGUAUGAUCGAGCAUAAAAUUUAACUGUCUUCAAUGUAUGAUAAAGCAUACUGAAAGACAUUCGAAUUAACAUAUGGUUCUUGUAUUGUCGUUAUUGGUCUGUAGCUGUGCCAGUCUUUCCACACUAUCGGACGCAUCAGUAUGACCGUGUAAAGGAAAGCACACAGUACACUAUCGUUUUUUGGUGUCCCUUGUUAGCUGUGGUACAGAUUCUUUAUCUGUGGUACCAUGGAUGAGACGAGUUUCCUGGGAGGAUGGGGCAUCACCGUGGCCCUGGGUUGCGGCGCUCUGACACUCAUCUACAUAUACAAUAGUUGGUGGGUGCGCCGAAUGAGAAAGGAGGGAGUCGCGGGACCCCGGGGAUUCCCCAUCCUUGGGUGUGCUCCUCAUAUAAUUUGGAAUGGCUUAAUGGAAUCGGAGCAGGAAUGGAUAAAACAAUACGGCGACAUAGUUGGGUGGGCGAGCGGUCAACAGCUGAACUUAGUGGUCAAGGACCCUGAUUUCCUAAAGGAGAUUUUGGUGAAGGAUUUUUCCCACUUCACGGACAGAGGAACAAGCAUUCACGGACAUCCGAUCAUGGCUAAGAACGUGUUUUUCGCAGAAGGGAAAGCAUGGAAACGCAUCCGGGCAAUUUUAAGCCCCACAUUUAGUACAAGCAAGAUGAAGUUGAUGAAUGAAGAUAUCAACCGCUGCGCCAAAACACUUGCUGCGAACCUACAGGAAGCAGCACGUACUGGGAAAGUCAUUAGCCCGAAAGAUUACUUUGGAGCCUUCACCAUGGAUGCUAUAGCCGCUACCGCCUUUAGCCUGGAUGUUGACUCCCAGACCAACCCCGACGAGCCGUUGGUGACCAAUGCUAAAGGACUGUUCGUUCCUAGGAAGAGUUUUAUUUUCACGCUGAUUCUCGGCAAAAUCUUCCCGCCAUUAGAGUACCUGUUUGGUUGGCUUCAACUUGGAUUUUUUUCCGGGAAGGUGAUUGACUACUUCGUCCGGACAGUGGAUUUGUUGGUGAAAGACCGGAGACAGAAUCCGAAUACAAGAACAGAUUUCAUGCAGCUUAUGGUGAACGCCGAACUGGAAAAUACUACAGAAAACAGCGAUCUCAUAUCGAUGAAUAAAAAACUAUCGACGGAUGAGAUCAUUGCGUCGUCAGUUAUAUUUUUUAUCGCUGGAUACGAAACUACGGCGUCACUGUUACGGUUCUCUGCCUAUGAACUGGCACUGCACCCGGAAAUACAAGAACGCAUGCUUCAGGAAAUACAAGACACUCUAGGCGAAGCUGAGCCAGUCUAUGAUAAUAUCCGCCAGCUGACCUACAUGGACCAGGUUUUGUAUGAAGUCCUCCGGAAGUACCCGCCAGUUAACAGAAUAACACGGGCACCUUCUGAAGAUCGGGUUAUUAAUGGGGUGACCGUGAGAAAAUGGUUCCGAGUUAUCAUUCCAAUUUACAACAUACAUCACGAUCCCAGGUUUUACCCGGAGCCGGAAGUGUUCAACCCGGAAAGGUUUGCCGACAGAACUGCUCAGAACAGCGUCCUUUUCCUUUCCUUCGGAUUUGGUCCUCGCAACUGUCUCGGAAUGCGGCUAGCUUUGAUGGAAGCCAAGAUAGCCAUGGUUCGCCUGUUGAGAAGUGUCAAAUUCGUCACAUGUGCAGAUACUCAGAUUCCCCUGCAGCUCAGCAGCAGACCGGGACUUACCCAGCCGAAGAAACCCAUCUCUCUGAAGGUCGAGUUGCGGAGAUUUGACUGAUUACCGAUAUAAAAUCACCACAAAUAAAUAGUGUAGCUACUCUUAUGUACUCUUACCUUACAUCAAUACCCAGAUACACUUGUGCAACAGGCCCUGUGUGAGAGGUACCCGGACGCCGUGUUAAAGAAGAUAUUUAUCAAUUUUGGAUGGGGAUACAUUGGUGAUUUACAACAAAUCACAUUACCGCGGAUUUGCUUGGACUGUUGAAAGACGGUAUUAAAAGUGCUCUGGAGAAACCGCACAAAGGGAAUUGUAAAACCGAGACAAAAUUUUAUCAUUUUAUUCUAUUUUUAAUGUGUAUAUAAAGAAGACAAUUGUCAAGCCUAAAUAGAAUUUACUGGAUAGAGAAACAAAUAAUACAUUUACAUCACUUACGUAAAUCAUUCUAAAUUAUAUUAACAGUGUAUGUAUUAUUUAUAUUUAUGUAAACUAAUUCUAAAGGUUUUUUUUUAAAUGACAGUGAAAUAUUGUUGAGUUAACUCCUGAUAAUACUCGGAACAGAGAUUUUCAAUGUCACCCUUCAUGAUCAUGAUAAACUGAACACAAAUAACUGAAAAAAUGGCUUCUUCAAUACUAGUUAUCAGAUAAUAAAAGAAAUAGAAAAUGCGCUUGACUUUCGAGUUUCUCGAAGGGUGACACUUUGAUUUAAACAUAUUGUAUUGCCUUUUUGUGCCCAAUUGCAUUGCUAUUUAAAAAAUGCAAUAAAAUAUGUUUAAAUCAAAAUGUCACCAUUCGAGAAACUCGAAAGUCUAGCGCAUUUUCUAUAUCUUUUAUCGUGUGAGCGGGAUCCAUAUCUGAAAUAACGGAUAAUUCAGAUAUCUUAAUAAAAUGUUUCCCAGAAAUUAUUUUAAUUUCUAAUAACUAGUAUUGGCAAAGGCAAUUGUUCAGUUAUUUAUGUUCAGUUUAUCAUGGUAGUUAAUCACUGGAAAUUUGCCUUCAGCUAAGUAGGUAAAAAUGUAUUAGUCCUGACACAUAUACAGCAUACUACUCAUACAGCUUCAAUAUUCAUUGUGUUUGAUUAAAUUCACAAUUAAAAUAGUAUAUGUGGAAAUUGAAGGUGAUUAUAUAAAAAAAAGACGUAUUUGUAAAUUUUAAUAAGAUAUUUCUCGUAUCGCUAUGGAGGCAUAUAUGGGUCAAUAGUUCUAUAAGCUGUUCAGUGUUUUAACUAUGGUACAAUUGUAUCCCAGUGUAGAAAAGUUUCACAAAGCCAACGAUGAAAUAAUUUCUGUCAGUACAUAUUAAAUAAUAUCAAAAUUA